AUGCUCGCUGGUCACUUAGGUUGCCCCCGUCGCCUUCGCCUGCCCGCGACGCCUUCGGUUCCUUCGCUCCCGCGUCGCCCUCCCUUCCCCCCAUCCCCUUCCCUGCUUCCCCCCAUCCCCUUCCCUGCAUCCCCCCAUCCCCUUCCCUGCUUCCCCCCAUCCCCUUCCCUGCUUCCCCCCAUCCCCUUCACUGCUUCCCCCCAUCCCCUUCCCUGCUUCCCCCCAUCCCCUUCCCUGCUUCCCCCCAUCCCCUUCCCUGCUUCCCCCCAUCCCCUUCCCUGCUUCCCCCCAUCCCCUUCACUGCUUCCCCCCAUCCCCUUCACUGCUUCCCCCCAUCCCCUUCACUGCUUCCCCCCAUCCCCUUCACUGCUUCCCCCCAUCCCCUUCACUGCUUCCCCCCAUCCCCUUCACUGCUUCCCCCCAUCCCCUUGGGGAAAUGCCCGUCGCAAGUGA